CAGAAAGUUGGAAGCUGUCUGCGGAGCUCGGGGACUAUUUUGUCGUGCUCCUACUGUAUCUAGCAGUGUGUGCGCUCCUCUACGACGCCAUAAUUCUUACUCUUAAGAUAAAAUUGUCUGCGGGCAAAUAGAUUCAACUGUUCGAUUUGUAAACAUGAAUCUCAAGUACUGGGUUACUUUAGCAUUACUUUUAGCUCUAACUGACAAAGUGAAAUUAGAUAAUUUGUCAGAUGAAGAAAGUACAGUGGCAUUAAGUAAUUUGUCAUACGAGUAUGUAGAAAGAAGAGGACUUGCAACUGGAGCUCUUGUAGGUAUUAUUAUAGGAUGCGUGGUUGGAUUGAUUACUUGCUGUUCGUGCAUAUGUUAUUUCUGCUGUAAUUGCUGUCGAUCAUCUCAACCUGUAAUUGUGCAACAAAGUACCACCACCGUUCCUUCCGGACCCCCUAUUAUCAAUAUUCCAGCCGGAGGAAAUAGCGGAUUUUCGAAUAUCCCAUCGUCUCCACCUCCUUAUAUGCUUUUAAAAUAAAUUAAAACCACACUACAAUUAUAAAUAACAUAUUUAAAAUAUUUUAGUUAUAAUAUUCCGGAAUAAUCUUACUGGUAAA